AUUCCUUGGUGAACACACCCGAACACCUGACCUGACCUGGAGAGGCACAGAUUCUGAUUUAGUCAGCCUCGCGUCGCCAUUGCGCGCGGUCGUGCCGACCCGUCCCGCAAACUAUAACCCGAGAACGGUGAAAAAACCGGAUGCCCAACCUCCAGUGUGCCACCAAUAGCGAUGUGAGCAGCCCGUGACGUCAUCAUGUGCUCGUGGGUGGUGUCCGCCCUGCUCAUCCUAUUUGCCAUGGGCGGCGAGGGCCAAGAGCACGGGCCCGUGUUCCUGAUGGAGCCGCCUUCCCGGCUGGUGUUCGCCAACAGCACCGGCGCGCAGGUGUCGUGCGCGGCGCACGGCUUCCCGCCGCCGCAACUGGCAUGGCAGAUGCCGGACGGCGCGCCGCUCGACGACGUGCCUGGCCUGAGGCAGGUGCUGGACAACGGCACGUUAGUGCUGUUGCCGUUUCCGGCAACACGCUACCGGCAGGACGUCCACGCCGCCGUAUACCGCUGCCGCGCGCACAACGCGCACGGCGCCGUCGUGUCGCGCGACAUGCGCGCGCGGGCAGUGGUAUGGCAAGAGUGGCAAGCACGCGUGACGGCCACGCCCGCAGAGGUGGGAGGCCCGGCGCUACUAACUUGCACCGCGUCGGCCUCCUUGAGGGAACAUGCAAGUGUCGCGGCCUGGUACAGAGAUGACAUUGUCCUGCCUGCCUCUGAGCAUCUCUCUGGCUCGACGCUUCUAGUGGACGAAGGCUGGAAGCUGGUGGUCCGCUCAGUGCGAGCUGAAGACGCGCGCGCGCAGUUCUCCUGCUCGGUGCUGGACUCGCUCACCGGCGAGCGGCGCCGGAGCGCGCCCGUCAGCAUCGAUGUUGCGCCGUCUACCGGCGCGGCAGCUCCGCGCGCAGUCUACCACGGCCAGUGGGAGACGAGCGUGCGACGCGGCGGCGACGUCGUCCUGCCGUGUCUGGUCCACGCCAACCCACCAGCGACCAUCACCUGGUACCGUGAAAGCGCCGGUGGAGUGCUCAGAGAGCUCCGCGACGGCGAGGCCGGCGGGCGCUACACGCGCUCGCACGACGCGCUGGGCGUGCGCCGCGCCGACAUCCAAGAUGGCGGCCGGUGGGCGUGCCGCGCCGCCAAUGCGCACGGACACAUCACGCUGCGGCUGCAGCUCAAUGUGCGCGCUCAUCUCACGACGCACGUGCAGCCACACACGCAGGUGGUGAACAGUGGUGGCACAGCCACCAUCAACUGUUCAUGGAGCGGUUGGCCAUCACCGCGACUAGAGUGGCUGCACAACGGAGUGCCGCUCGGGGCGGGCGUGUCCGGCGGACGCGUCAGGAUCACGGGACAUGGGGAGCAGCUGGUCAUAUCGGCGGUGCACCGGGCGGAUAAGGGCGUGUAUCAGUGCAUGGCCAGGAAUGAGAGGGACUCGUCGCAAGCCAGCGCUGAGCUGCGGCUAGGAGAUACCGCACCAGAACUCCAGUACACAUUCAUAGAACAAGUCCUGAGACCAGGGCAGGUGGUGACCCUCAAAUGCUCGGCUGCGGGGUCUCCUCCUCCACACUUUACUUGGAUGCUGGAUGGCCAGACCCUUAACACAAUGGCCAAGGGGCAUCGUUACAGCGUAGAACAGUUUGCGACCAAAACCAAUGAUGUAGUGAGCUACCUCAACAUCUCGGCGGUGAGGUCGGACGACGGCGGCCUAUACACGUGUAAGGCGGCCAACUCUCUCGGCGAAGUCUCGCAUACCUCUAGGCUUAAUAUUUACGGUCCACCGUAUGUCCGUUCCGUUGGCCCAAUCAGAGCAGUGGCCGGCCGGGAGCUAGUGAUGUACUGUCCUUACUCCGGUUAUCCCAUCAGUUCAGUCAAAUGGGAGCGGGACGGGAGUCCUGUAGAAUGGGACAGUAACAUGGAGGGAGCAUUGCGUGUGUCCCGAGUGGAGCCCUCACAGGCCGGCGCUUACAUGUGCACUGUGACUGGCCCACAUGGGGAAAUCGCGCGCAGGGAAUUGCAGCUUGUUGUUAGCAAUCCUCCAGAAAUCGAACCAUUCUCGUUCUCUGCGAACCUGCAGGAGGGCAAGCGCGCCCAGGUCAGCUGCAGCGUGACCUCUGGUGACAUGCCAGUUCACUUCACCUGGCUGAAAGACAAUGUGCCCAUACCCUCGUCUCUACAGGUGGAAGAGCGAGGCGCUGAUUUCUUUAGCAACCUCGUAUUCAAAGAGGUGUUCGCAAGACACAGCGGUCUAUACACUUGCGUUGCAUCCAACUCCGCAGCCAAAGUCAAUUAUACCGCCGAACUGGUCGUCAAAGUGUCACCAAAAUGGUUGACAGAACCAAAAGACGAAGCCAUUCUAGCCGGGGAGCCAGUGGCUUUACAUUGCCAGACUACGGGCUCGCCCAGUCCCCAAGUCACAUGGAUGAAGCAGAGAGGUCCUGCAUCAUCCGACUUCGUCCCGCUGGUGAACCUCGGUGGACGUUUCCAGUUCUAUUCAAACGGGACCCUGUGGAUCGAGUCGGCACUGCCCUAUGACGAGGGGCAAUACAUGUGCAAAGCUGAGAACGGGGUCGGUUCGCCCCUGUCUAAAACCAUUAAGGUUGAUGUCAAUGAACCAGCACGGUUUGAAUUGACGUCGACCAACAUGACGGCACGUCGUGAUUCUCCAGCCACGCUUCUCUGCGACGUGCGGGGCGACAACCCCAUACGCGUGCAAUGGUCGCACAACAUGAACCACCUAGAUCUUAAUACUUAUAGGCUAAGUGUCUCCGAAGCAAAGACUGAUAGUGGUUUAAGGUCCCAAUUAUAUAUCAGCAGAGCCGAUAGACCGGACUCUGGGGUGUACAAGUGCCAAGCCGUCAACGCCUAUGGUCAUAGCGACCAUUAUAUUUACCUAUCCGUCCAAGAGAAACCCGACACGCCCCACUCUCUAUCCGUGACGGAGAUCCUAAGCCGCGCGGUGCGGCUAUCCUGGAGUCAGGGCUUCGACGGCAAUUCGCCGCUCAUGGGUUACACCAUUCAGCACUGUACCCUGAGCGCUGUCGGCGCAGUCCGCGUAGACCAGUGGCACGCCGCUGUCACUAUCAACGUGUCCGUCCAUGGGGCGGCACAGCAGCCACAAGUCGCGCUGACUAAAAAAGGCGAUAUCCAUUACGAGGCACUGCUCAGUGGACUCAAGCCACACACGGCCUACAUGAUUCGGUUAGCAGCCGUGAACCAAAUCGACCGAAGUGCCUACACCGAACCCGUCGUCGUGAAGACGCAAGAAGAAGCACCAUCCGAGCCCCCAACGAACGUGCACGUGACUCCGGGCGGGCCGGGCGAGCUGCACGCCGCAUGGCGCCCGCCGCCGCGGGAAGCGUGGCACGGCGAACUGCUGGGCUACACUGUCUCUUGUACCGAGAUCAGCCCGGGAGGCACGCCUGUUAGGAACUCUACUAGGACAUUAACGGUAAAUGGGUGGUCAGCGACGGAGCUGAGCCUGUCAGCACUAAGGAAGUUCACGCGGUACGAGGUGCGCGUGCGCGCGUUCAAUGGCGUCGCUGCAGGCCCGCCGUCUGCGCCGGUCGCCGCCACCACUUUGGAAGGAGUGCCAGAGUCCCACCCGACCAGAGUGACUUGUUCCCCACUCUCAUCGUCAAGCAUGAAGGUGGUAUGGACUCCGCCACCCCUGGGUCAGCACGGCGGGCUUAUCCAAGGAUACAAAGUCAUCUACUCGCCGCUUACUAGUGACCAUGCUGACGUGGGUGAAAUCAAGCGAGUAACAACGACCGAUACGUACUUGCACACGCUACGCAAGUACACCAACUACUCUGUGCAAGUGCUUGCGUUCACCAACGCGGGCGAUGGCAAGCGGAGCCCUCCAGUGUACUGCAUGACUGAAGAAGACGUUCCAUCAGCCCCUCAAAAAAUCAAAGCGCUGGCCUACUCCAGCGAUUCCGUCCUCGUGAGCUGGCUCCCGCCACUUCACCCUAACGGGAUCAUCUCUCACUACACUGUGUACUACAGGGAAGCAGGCCGGUUAGGCAAACACCAAAGCUACACGGUAACCGUGGACAAGAUGAAGUCGGAGCUGGAGCUGAUGUUCCCCGUCCGGAACUUGCAGGAGAGUCAGCUGUACGAGUUCUGGGUGUCCGCCACAACGGGCUCAGGAGAGGGGGAGAGUACGCUCGUGGUGGGGCAAGGCCCGAACGCUAGAAUUCCAGCACGCAUAGCAUCGUUCGGCGGCGUGGUGGUGGUGGGCGCGGGGCGCGCGGCGCUGCUGGCGUGCUCGUGCGUGGGGCUGCCGGCGCCGCGCUCGCGCUGGACGCACCGCCAGGCGCCCGUCACGCACCACGCCUUCUACCAGGUCACGCCGCGCGGACACUUGCACAUCAGAGAAGUAAACGAGCAAUCAUCUGGCAACUUCACGUGCACGGCCAGCAACACGCUGGGGGAGGACGCCAUCACGUACAGCGUGAUCGCGGUGCUGGCGCCGGCCGCGCCCGCCCUCACCCUGCAGUACACUACGGCGUCCAGCGCACGGUUACAUUGGCUGCCGCCGGCUGACGGUGGAUCGCCGCUGUUAGGCUACAUUCUCCAAUACAAGCAAGCUGCCGACACCGAUUGGCACACCGUGGAGUUGUCUCCCGAGGUCACAUCGUACACCAUGGACAUGCUGAAAUGCGGCUCCACGUACAACGCCAGGAUACAGGCGCGGAACAAGGUCUCCAUAGGACCACCCUGUGAAGUGCUGACUGCGACAACCAGAGGCGGAAGGCCUAAGCCACCAAAGCCGGAGGACCAUGUCUACAUGAACUCCACUGCAAUAAAGAUAAACUUCUACGCGUGGCGAGACGGCGGCUGUCCCAUACUGGGCUUCCGAGUGUCGUACCGGAGGGCGGACACUGAGCAUUGGAUCAAGGUGGGCGACAGCCUGAGCUCGGCUAGCCACGUCAUAGGUGACCUGACGCCGGGGACCUGGUACGAACUGGCCAUAGAAGGCGUCAACGAUGCUGGCACCGAGCGAGUCACGCUUUUGGCAGACACACACACGCUAGCAGGAGGUCGCAUACCUCCAACAAAACCGAUGUCCCCCCUAUCGGGUGGAGACCGCCGCACGUCACUACGUACAGUGGUACUGUCUUGCAUAGCGAGCGCCGUUGUCAUCGUGGUCACCGUCGCGGCCAUCAUCUGCGUAGUGCAGGGCAAGCGCAAAUUCUUCUGUAUAUCCAGUGACCACUACAUGCGCGACGACCGCAAGCUGAGCGAGAGCAACGAAGCGGAGAGAGAGAAGCUGAGAGAGGGACAGAAGCUAUACUCCUCCUCGUCUAUCAACGGAAAUGAGAAGUCCAAUGACGACUCCUCUGCAGAGCUGUACGAGAUCAGCCCGUACGCGACGUUCGGCGUGUCGGCGGCGCACUCGCUGCAGUUCCGCACGCUGGCGCGCCGCGACGACGACGCCGCGCCGCCGCACCGCCGCCGCCACCGCACCUGCGAGCACUACCGAUACGACGAAUCGAGCCUGUCUAAAUGCUCGACAGUGGAGGCGCGGCACCGCAUGCGCGCCGCGUGCGCCGGCGCCGGCGCGCAGGGCUGGCGCGACACGCACACCGACUCCGGCGACGAUAGCGACAGCGCCGCCAACACUACUACUAAAGGUUCGGGCGGGUCCCCGGGCAGUGUGUACGGCAGCGGGCGGCGCAGCGCGGCGCGCACCACCAGCAGUGGGGGACCGAACGGGAGCGACGGACAUUCCGUCUACGCGCCCGCGCCUGCCGAUAUAUCUUCUCUUAUUGACAAAUAUCAACAAAGAAAAGAACAAGAACGUCGAGAAUGCACAAUCCACGUUUAACAGUAAAAUGACCAAUGACUGACAGUGAAAAAAACGACUUUUUAUAGCAUUUAAUGAAGUCUGCGCUGUUUCAAAGCCAAAACUUACUAUACAUAUUAGGAUCAUUCCCUAUUUUUACUAAACACUAUGAAAUAGUUAUAGUUAUUUUAUCAAUCAGCCAUCAGAAAAAAAUUUAAGAAUGUCUGAUCUACAAAAAAAAUCUAAGAAACCCUUAUAUUUUUCCUAAUUUAUGUUAUGGUGAUGAACAAUCCGAUCAACUGAUUGGUCCGUCCAACAUUCAGAUGCCGUUCGAUUGGAAAUACGGAAGUAAGUACCUAUUUCGCUCGUCCUAUUAACAAAAGCUUCAAAUAAGAUUGUGGUUUAAUUCUGAAAAAGAGACUAAUGCAAUUGUAUGAAUAGAUAUCAACAUAUGGACGUGUGAUGUGCUUUUUUAUACAUUUCGUACUGUCAUUGCCUGGAUUUAGAUUAUUUUGGACGCUAGCCUUAAUAUACAAUAGACAUUAAGAUUAAUUAAUUUUGUAAUUUUGUUGCUAAGCAAGCGGUCAUUUGUAAUCUACGAUACUUCUAAGGAGUUAAUUAUUUCAAGUACCUAUUAAUAUUUAUAAAUUAAAUUAUUUGUACACAUUUAAACUUUCAUCCUAUUCAUAAUUCAACUAUUUUAUACUUAAUUAUGAGACCACUACAGAAUGUAAUAAAAUGAAGUCCUUAAUGUUUAAUAUAAACUUUUGCCUAAUCAGAACGGAUAGCAUUACCUACGUCCUUUCCAUGUCAGUGUUAGCGAAAUCUUAACCUUUCAUC